CAAUGGUACACGCUAGUAUUGCACUAGGAAACUGUCUUUACCGACGGGCACCUAGCCGGUUACCCUUCAACAUCCACUACGCGUCAACAAUCUCAACAAUGCGAGGCUCUACAUCAUCAUCACCACCACCCAUAACGUCCGUGACUGCGCCAUCAAUAAGACCGCUCAUAACAACUGUUCUGCUCAUCUACCUCGCUCAGGCUCUCUACACGCUCCCCAUAAACCGCGUUAUCGAGUUCCGUCUCUGCCAAGACCAUUAUCUGCAAUGGGAUCCUUCCGCCAUUCUGGAUGAUGGAUCUGUCCCCGAGAAGCUGUGCAAGAUUGAUGAUGUGCAAAGGCGACUGGCGUGGUUGCAAGGUGUCAUGGAGACCACCCAAGUCGUAGGCGAUUUCCUCGUGACGAUCCCGUUCAGUUUCGUUGCGGAGAGGUUCGGUAUCAGAGUGGUGCUCUGGUGUAAUCUCGUGCCGCGUGUGUUCUUGUCGGUUUGGGCACUCGUUGUUGGGAAUUUCUCCGGCGUCUUCCCAACCAAAGCCAUCAUCGUCGGUCCGUUCCUAUCUGUACUGGGUGGCGAAUGCGUUUUCCAAUCGACAAUAUUCACAUUGACUUCGGCUCUAACACGCGAAUAUGUUCAGCGUGCUUCACACUUCUCUUACAUCAGUUCCGUAUCUUAUGUUGUCAACUUCAUAGGUCCAACAUUGGCAUCUUUCACCAUGAGCUACAACCUCUGGUGUCCGUUCUGGAUCAACAUCGCCCUUGUCCUCUGCGCCAUACCAACGAUAGCAACCCUCGCCGAUCCCAAGUUCCCAGGUACUCUGACCAGCGCCACGGCUCAGAACCGUCAAAAUACAAUCGUCCAUGACGAUGAGGUUGGCCCGCUUCUCGAAAGUGACCAUAGCAUAAGCCCCAUCAUGACGAACAGAUAUGCAAACGCCUUUGAGACUACCCCCUCCAAUCUCGCUAGGGUCUCGAUCCAUACCAUCGAGAAACUCGUUCGCCUCGUCAUCGGCCGUCGGAACUUCCAGGUCCUGUUGUGCUCGUUCUUCCUCACCGCCCUCGCGAGCUCAGAUACAAAGCUCCUGGUGCAGUACAUCUCCAAGCGCUACGAGUGGACAUUCGCACAGGCAGGCUACAUGCUCUCGGCCAAAGCCAUCGUCAAUUUCACUCUCCUCGCCAUCGUAGUUCCUCGCAUCAUCCGCACCUCCAUGGCCGCCGCGUCUCCCGACCAUCGUCGUCACACUGGCUCCGCGUCGCCAGAAAUCCGCAUCAACUAUCUAGGAGCCCAAGCUAGCAUCCUCGUCUCCAUCGUCGGUGUAUUCUGCGUAGCUCUAGCAUUCAAAUUCUGGAUGUUGUUAACAGCACUCAUCGUCUACGCCCUCGGCUCCGCGCUCCCCGUCUUCACCAUGUCGCUUGUAAAAUCGCCGCUCAUUGCCCUCGGCUCCGCCGAAUCGAGUUCAGACGCUCCUUCGGACGUCCAGGACUUCAGCAUCGUCAUGCUCACUAAAACGCUGGGCUCACUAGUCGGCGCGCCCCUCAUGGCCGCGCUGUGGGUUUGGGCGAUAAAGUUGGGCGGGUUGGGUUUGGGGCUGCCGUAUUUUGUCUCUGGUUGUGUGUAUGCAUGUGCCGCAUGCGUAGUUGCAAGGCUCGAUUUACGUAUGAAUCCGUAG